AUGGAGAACCAAGCGGGAGAGCAGCAGAGCUACGAAGACGUGCAGAAAAGCGGGUACCUCCGCAAGCAUAAAUCGAUGCACCGGCGGUUCUUCGUGCUGAGGGCGGCUUCGGAGCAGGGUCCGGCGCGCCUUGAGUACUACGAGAACGAAAAGAAAUUCCGUAGUAAAUCCCCGGUCCCCAAGAAGACCCUGAACCUGGAGACGUGCUUCAACAUCAACAAGCGGGCGGAUUCCAAGAACAAGCACAUGAUCGUCCUGUACACCCGCAGCGAGAGCUUCGCUAUCGCCGCAGACACCGAGGAGGUGCAAGACGAGUGGUACCAGGCCAUGCUGGACCUCCAGUGUAAUUUUAAAGCCCCUGACGACUGGGGCAGCAGCGGCGAGUGCAGCUCCCCCUCCCCGGUGCCCACCUUCAAGGAGGUGUGGCAGGUCAAGGUGUGGCCCAAGGGCCUGGGCCACGCCAGGAACCUGGUGGGCAUCUACCGGCUGUGCCUGACCGACAAGACGGUCAACUUCGUCAAGCUCAACUCCGAGGUGGCCUCCGUGGUGCUGCAGCUCAUGAACGUGCGCCGCUGCGGCCACUCGGAGAACUUCUUCUUCAUCGAGGUGGGCCGCUCGGCCGUCACGGGCCCGGGGGAGUUCUGGAUGCAGGUGGAGGACUCGGUGGUGGCGCAGCACAUGCACGAGACGCUGCUGGAGGCCAUGAAGGCGCUCAGCGAGGAGUUCCGGCAGCGCAGCAAGUCCCAGUCGGUGGGCACGUCGUGCGGCGGCGGCACGGCCUCCAACCCCAUCAGCGCCCCCAGCCGCCGCCACCACCCCAACCUGCCCCCCAGCCAGGUGGGCUUCUCCCGCCGGGCCCGCACCGAGACCCCGGGCACGGGGGGCAGCAGCACCAGCACCUCCCCCACGUCCCGCCACGGCUUCCCCAGGGCGCGCACCGCCAGCAUCGGGGCGCGGUCGGAGGAGGGCGGGGCCUGCGGCAAGGGCACGUGGGCCAGCUCCAGCCCGAGCCUUAACAGCUCCUGCUCCACCACGCCCACGCUGAGGCCCAAGCCCACCCGGGCCCCCACGCCCGCCAAGAUCACCCUCAGUCUGGCGCGGUACACGCCCAACCCCACGCCCUCCCCGGCCCCCAGCCUGUCCUCCAGCUCCGGCCACGGCUCAGAGUGCGGCCUGAUUGGGGCCGCGGCGGGGGGGAUGGCCAUCUGCUCGUACCCCCGGGCCCCUCAGAGGGUCUCCGUCUCGGGGUCCCCCAGUGACUACGGCUCCUCGGACGAGUACGGCUCCAGCCCCGGCGAGCACUCCCUCAUGGUGCCCAACUUGCCCGGCGCGUCGCACGGCAUCGGCGGCCAUCUUGGGCACGGCGAGGGCCCCGCCAGCUACCUCGUCAUGGGCCACCGGGAGGGGCUCCUGGCCUCGGGCCACCGCUCCAAGGGCCGGCGCAUCCUGCGGCGCUCCUCGGGCCGGGAGUGCGAGGCAGAGCGCCGGCUGCUGAGCAAGAGGGCGUCGCUGCCCUCGGCCGCGGCCCACGACCGCCUCGGGCCGCGCAGGAAGGACGAGGACGAGGAGGACGACGAGGAGUACGCCGUCAUGUGCCGCAGCCCCAACAACACGACGGAGCGGCCGCCCGGCCCGGGGGGCUGCCCGGGCGGCGGGGGAGGGGGGCCGCCGGCGGGGGACGCGUCGUCGGGGGAGGCGAGGAAGAGCGGCGGGGUCGGCCGAGGGGACGGCGAGGCCGGCGGCUACAUGGCCAUGGUCCCCGGCGGAGCGGCGUCCCCGCCGGGCACCCUCGCUCUCGCGGCGGCGGUGGGCGCGGGCGCGGGCGCGGCCGGCGCCAAGCCCGCAGCCGCCGACGAGUACAUGGCCAUGACGCCCAACAACAGCACGUCGUCCCCGCAGCCCAUCCCCCCGCCGGGCGCCGAGGGCUACAUGCUCAUGUCCCCCAACGGCGGCUCCUCCGACCUCCAGGGGCUGGUGGCCUGGGGGAGCCGCUCCAGCGUGGAGAGCCGCCCGGCCAGCGACUACAUGAACGUCUCCCCCGGCAGCAGCCGCUCGGCCUGCAGCACACCCCCCUCCCACCCGGAGCAGCACCCCCUGCAGCCCAAGAUGUUCAACUCCUACUUCUCCCUGCCCAGGGCGUACCAACACACCCUCUACACCCGCUUCGAGGACGACCUGAGCCAGGGCCAGGGCGGCGAGGGUGGAGCCGGCCACGAAGGCACCGGGACGGGAGGAGGAGGAGGAUACAGCAAGAGGAACAAGAUGGCGGCAGGUCCCGCAGGAAGCCGUCCUCUGUCCCUGUCCUCCUCCUCCUUCUCCUCCAGCUCGGCCAGCAGUGAGAGUCUGGAGGACAAGUCCCUGGUGGCGGGGCGGGGGUUGAGUGUGUUGCGAGCGGGCGGAGCAUGUGCCAAAGACGGACGCCACGCGAGGAGCACGUCGGGCGGUAAGGGCUCACAGCAGGGGAGGAGGAGCCGGCCCCCCGGCGCGUCCUCGGACAUGGCCAAGGCCAACACCCUACCGAGGGCCAGGGAGAACCUGCAGCCCUCCGUCGCUCAUAGCGUGGGCGAGUACGUCAGCAUCCAGUACGGCGAGGACGGAGAGUACAACGGACGGCGUCGCUCGGCAUCCCGGCACGGUCAGGCGGUCCACGGCCCCCUCGGGCCCCUGGACCGCUCGGUCCUCUGUCGGGACAGCCCCACCAACCUCUCGCGCAGCUUCUCGGCGCCACUGUCCGCCUCUGCUGAGUACGUCAGCAUGGAGGUGGGCAGGUCCUCUGCGUCCCCGCGGACCCCUGCCCGCUCCAAGUUCACCACCCCGCCCGCGGCCUCCCCCAAGUCCAGAGACGGUCGCAGUGCUAAGUCCUCGCCCCUUGCAGCAGAAGGCCACAGCAGUUACAGAACAAGCGCUGCCCUCCCAACGGACACCCCCAAAGGGCCAGAUCCUCCUAGUAAGAGUUCUUCUUCUAACACCGCGGCCAGACCCCAAGCUCACUCCGGCCAACUGCCGUUUCAGCCGGACCCCAGCCUCGGUUUCUCCCCGAUCGAGUCGUUCUCGUCUCCCGGCCGGAGCGGCCGACUGGCGCGAGGCGACUCCCAGGGUCUGAGGAGCCCGCGUGCAGGCGAGGCGUUUGGGCCCACACCUUCAAUGUCUUCUCUGAGCGCACUCUACCCGGAGGCUGGCCAGUCCGCGGCCCAUCGGCCGGCCUGGGACUGCUCGUCAUGGGAGGGCGGGCAGGCGGCUGGGUCCGCGGUGGCGCCAGCCCAAGCUGACUCCUUUACUGCUGAACCAGGCCUGAACUACGUUGACCUUGACCUGGCCAUGGCGGAGAGCCCCCAGGCCGGGGUAGAGCAUGCCUCGGCCCCUUACAACAUGGCAGCGAGUGGCCUGGGCAGCUCCGCUGGUGCCAGUCUCAACACCUAUGCCAGUAUUGACUUCUACAAAUCUGAGGAACGGAGGGGACAUCAGACCAGUAGGAAAGAUAUUCAAGGUAGGAGAUGAGAAUGUCAACGUUUUUUAGCGUUUUUAUUAAAAGUAGGCACUUUCUUGUGCUACUUUCUUCUG